AUGACGGACAAAAGCCCCUUCGAGACGGAUAUGCUGACCCUGACGCGGUUUGUCAUGGAGAAGGGACGCCGCGUGAAGGGAGCGACAGGGGAGCUGACGCAGCUGCUCAACUCCAUGCUGACUGCCAUAAAGGCCAUCUCUGCUGCUGUCAGAAAGGCAGGCCUUGCCCACAUGUUUGGUAUAGCUGGCACUGUGAAUGUGACGGGUGAUGAGGUGAAGAAGCUGGAUGUGUUAUCCAACUCCCUGGUGAUUAACAUGCUCCAGUCCUCCUACAGCACCUGUGUCCUGGUCACGGAGGAGAACAAGGAGGCCAUCAUCACCCCGAAAGACAAGCGGGGUAAAUAUGUGGUGUGCUUUGACCCCCUUGACGGUUCAUCCAAUAUAGACUGCUUGGCACCAAUAGGAACAAUUUUUGCUAUCUACAAAAAGGAAACAGAUGAUGAGCCCUCUGAAAAAGAUGCUUUACAGCCUGGACGCAAUAUUGUUGCUGCAGGCUAUGCCCUGUAUGGUAGUGCUACGCUGGUUGCCCUCUCCACAGGGCAAGGAGUGGACUGCUUCAUGCUUGAUCCGGGUCUUGGUGAAUUUAUUUUGGUGGACAGAGAUGUUAAAAUCAAGAAGAAGGGGAAGGUAUACAGUCUCAACGAAGGUUAUGCAAAGUAUUUUGAUCCUGCAAUGACAGAAUAUUUGCAAAAGAAGAAAUUCCCUGAGGAUGGCAGCUCCCCAUAUGGUGCCAGGUAUGUGGGCUCCAUGGUAGCUGAUGUUCACCGUACACUGAUGUACGGUGGGAUCUUCAUGUAUCCUGCUAAUCAGAAGAGUCCUAAAGGAAAGCUCCGACUUCUCUACGAAUGCAACCCUAUGGCUUUCAUCAUCGAGCAGGCAGGUGGCAUAGCAACUACAGGGACCGAAGCAGUGUUGGAUGUGAAACCUGAGAAUAUUCACCAGAGAGUUCCUUUUAUCCUUGGCUCUCCAGAUGAUGUACAAGAAUACCUUGCUUGUGUACAGAGACACCAGAAGAGCAGCUAA